ACACGUUUUUUUCCGCACUGGCAAAAAUACUCUUUGCUAUGGAGGAUUGCUGCUUUCAAAAUGAAUUUAGACAUUGAUGAUGCUGCAGGUCUAGGGAGUAACACAUCCUCUCCACAGCUUGGGGUGCUGGUUUCAAAUAUUUCCAAUGGGACCUCCAAGAACCAAACGCUACCUUCUUUGGACAUCACCAGGGCGACAACUCUGGGACUUGUUUUGGGCGCUUUCAUAGUUUUUGCUAUAGUGGGUAAUAUUCUGGUUAUUCUUUCUGUGGUGUGCAACCGGCAUCUAAGAACUCCUACAAACUAUUUUAUAAUCAACUUAGCCAUCGCAGACCUACUGCUUAGCACCACUGUGCUGCCCGUGUCCGCCACUCUCGAGAUCGUUGGCUACUGGGUGUUUGGCAGAAUAUUGUGCGACAUUUGGGCAGCUUUGGAUGUGUUGUGCUGUACAGCUUCUAUAAUGAGCCUUUGUGCGAUUUCGAUCGACAGAUACAUAGGGGUACGAUAUUCCCUUCAGUACCCUACAAUAGUGACUGAGAAACGGGCGAUCUUAGCGCUCUUGGGGGUCUGGGUUUUGGCUAUGGUAAUAUCGAUCGGACCUCUUCUUGGAUGGAAGGAACCAGCGCCUCAGGAUGAAAAAGUCUGCAGCAUCACUGAAGAACCGUUUUAUGCGCUUUUCUCCUCUCUGGGGUCUUUCUACAUACCGCUGAUUGUUAUACUGGCCAUGUAUUUCAGAGUGUACAUAGUAGCCAAAAGGACUACAAAGAAUCUUGAGGCGGGGGUAAUGAAGGAAAGGUUAGAUUCUAAGGAAUUUACCUUGCGAAUCCACUACAGGGGUACCCAGGAGGACUGCACAGGCGUCAGCAAGCCUAGGGGCCACCACACACGGAGCUCGCUGUCAGUGAAGCUCCUAAAGUUCUCCAGGCAAAAGAAAGCAGCGAAGACACUGGGCAUCGUGGUGGGGAUGUUUAUACUAUGCUGGCUCCCAUUCUUCUUGGCUCUGCCUAUUGGUUCGUUCUUCACAGACCUGAGGCUACCAGAUACAGUUUUCAAAGUGAUUUUCUGGCUGGGAUAUUUCAACAGCUGCUUGAACCCCAUCAUCUACCCCUGCUCCAGCAAGGAGUUCAAGAGAGCCUUCCUCCGAAUUCUUAAGUGCCAGUGUCGUCGCAGGAGACGCCCUGGCUGGCAGGCCUACAAUUACAGGAACUGGAAGAUCAACUUGUCCGACAACUCCAGAAAAGACUCAAUGGAGGACAGCUCCAUAUUUCUAAACGGCAGCCAGAGAACCCUGUCUUCAGCCAACCCCAGCCCGAGCUACCUGAACAAAGGCGGGCCACAGACCCUCGAGCGGGCCUUCUCCUCGUUUCCCCACAGCCCUUCAGACAAUCACCAUCAAAGACUGGAGUGCUACUCCUUCAGGAUAGUCAGUGAGCACAAUGAGAAUGCUAGUUUUGUCGGGUUGAGCAAGGGUACAGUGAGACUGCCCUCGAUCGCAGACAGCUGUGAAAUAGGCUCCAACAGACUGAAUGGGAAUGCCGAUUUGGAAGGCGCUGAUAUGUCAGAAACCAUUAUGUGAUGGAAAAGGGACCAAUAAAA